AUGACGAAGGAAAGCGGCCGCCAGAAACAAGAUCUCGAGACUCAGAUCAGGGAAGUCCGGGAAAAGAUUUCAAACAUUGACGAAGCCGACGCGAAGAUUGAAGCUGAGGAUUUCGCCGCUGGAGUCAAAGAGCUUGACCAGGAGCUCGUCGAAGAAGAGGAGGCUGCCAACUUCAAUCCAGACGUUGAUGCUCGCGAUUACGAUGAUGUCGCGAAAUCUCUUCCUAUGUUCUGUGUUUCGUCCCGGGCUACCAGAAGCUGCGAGGACGUUUGCGCAAAGAAGCCGAUGUACACGGGUUCCAGUCGGUUGAAGAGACCGAGGUUCCUCAACUUCAGGCCCACUGCAAGAAACUCACGGAAGUGA